CGCAAAAUUCUACUCCCAGCGACGCCUCGAUCGUCGGAUCUUCCGGAUGUAUCGCUCAGCUUGAGGGGGCAACGGGGUCCGUCUCGUCUGCGCCGUACCUUAACCGCUCGGAAACAAAUACACGACACGAUAGGUUCAAUUGCUCUUAUUGCCUGGCCUGGGCGAUAAUGUUGCUCUACACUAAACUCGCGCCUCCCAAGGUGCCGAAGAGGCGCUCCCGCGCAGGUUGCACUUUUUGUAAGGAGAAGAAGAAGAAAUGCGACGAGAAGCGCCCCCAGUGCGCGCGCUGCGCGGAAAAAGACCUUGAAUGUACCUAUGAGGUGGCCAAGCCACGCCAACGAAGGAAAAGGGACCCCUCUCAGGCCAAACUCACGCUAAACCACCAACAAGAGCGCGGGCGUGUCUUUGGGAGCGGCCAACGGCGAGAGCUUGCGGUUGGCGACGUCUCUGAGGCUGACUGUUUCAGCCCAAUAGAUAGCAGGUUUGAUGGUAGGUCGCCGAUGGACUUUUCGAUCGCAACCGACAGCAUGUUCUCGCCCAUCGACCACGGCUCCGUCGUGUAUGAAUACGACGAGAUCGCGGACGACGGGGGUCAUCAGAUACGAGACUUGGUCCGGAGGAAUUCGGGCGGUUGUGUCGCGUCCCAAGCCCGAUCUCUACAACCCGACCUCGCCAUGAUCGCGCCUUGCCCGGUUGGUUCUCCGACGCUCGAAUUCAUCUCCCCGUCGUUCUCCGAAUUUUCAGACCGUCCGAACCGGCGGGCAUUGGUAGACCACUUCUGCAAUGUGUUGUCACAUCUGAUCGUUUUUCGGGAGGAAUCCGGCAACCCCUUCCAGCAGUUGGUGCUGCCGCUUUCGUAUAGGAGCUCGCCGAUCAUGAAUGCCAUUUAUGCGCUAACUAGUGCCCAUCUGGAGUAUCGCGGCGUCGAGACUCCUGAGAAGUCGCCUUACUUUCAUAACCGGGCCAUACAGGGCCUGACCCAGCUCAUCGAGCAGCAAGAGAGGGUUGACAAGACGGAGCUUCUAGCAGCCAUCAUGCUCCUAGUGUACUAUGAAGUCCUUGUCCAGCGCGGGCGGUCGAGUAUCGUGGAUGGGCACCUCAAGGGGGCACUUACCAUCAUGUCCUGCUCCCAAGAGGACUCCACACCCGCCACCCUUUUUUUAGAGCGAGCUUUUCGGUUCUAUGAUGUGAUCACGGCCCUGUCCCUCGGAUCGGCUCCCCUCUCGGCCGCUCCGGCAGCUGGUUGUCUCCUUCCGUUCCCCCCCCUGGAUGCGCCAGCAGUAUCGCCCUUAAGCAAUGUAGACACCCUACUUGGGAUGGCCACUACAUUAUGGCCAAUCAUGCAUCGCUUAUCGACUCUUCUUUCUCUGAAGGCUGAUAUCGAGAAGGCGUCUCGAGAGAAGCAAGCUUCGAAAAGCGCUGUCCUUAGGAUGGAAUUCGAAGCGACGUCUCAAGCUAUCGAAACCGCACUCACACAGUGGGAACCGUGUCUUCCCCCAAAUAUCGUCGUCGAGGACGGUAUGUUGAGGAGCGGCGGAGGCGAGGACAUUCCGGAGCAGCCGCAGCUUCGGUCCAUCGUCCACAACGCUUUAGCGUACCGUCAUAGUGCUUCUGUGUACCUCUACCGGACAAUCUACGGAUUUUCGCCACACCGUAAAGUGGUGCAGAAGCACGCCCACGCAGCCCUGGUGCACUGCUCUGAGACAGUCGCCCAUGGCGGGCCUAUGGGUGCGUUAUUAUGGCCUCUAUUCGUAGCCGCAUGCGAAGCGGUGAGCGCUGAAGACAGACGACUGGCUCAGAGAGCAUUCGUCGGAAUUGAUCAGCGCCAGGGCAUGACCAAUAUCGGGCAGGCUUGGAAGAUUGUCGAAGAGGUCUGGAAUAGGCUAGACGACAUGGGCGAGGGUGCCUAUGAGGCUAGAGAUAGCGACAUAUGGAGGAAGGUCAGCGCCGACAUGGGGGUUAAUAUCGUCUUCGGUUGAUACUGCCGUUACAACGGACCGACCUCUCAUUAUUACAUGUGGCGAGGGUGUUGGCUGUCAACUAGAGAGAUACCCGUCGUCUUGCUGGAGGCCGCCUAGUCAUCUCACGCCACAAUGGCCCACAGAACUCGAGCAGUGGGCAUUUCGGUGGGCACGUGGAUGCGACAAGAUGUCUCGAAACACAUUGACGAUGCCAACUGUCGAUGGGCGGUUGCCGCGGUAAGCGGCCGACCGGGUCCUCUCUCGAAGGCGCGGGCUGGCCGUUGGAAUACACAGA